AUGCAAGCUGAUAAAAAUAUGGAACAAGCUGAGAGUUUUAAAGCUAAAGGAAAUGAUGAGUACCGAAAAGGCAAUUAUCAAGCUGCCACUGAUUUUUACACUCAAGCAAUUGAGGCCCAGCCAGAUCAAUCCACCUAUUACAGCAAUCGUUCAGCAUCAUUAUUUAUGUCAAAACGAUACAAUGAGUCCCUCCAAGAUUGCUAUAAGGCCCUUGAGAUUGAUCCAAAUUUUGUUAAAUGCCUUCAAAGAGCUGGCAAAAUCCAUCUGAUUUUCGGCAAUUAUGAUCAAUCUAAAGACUUUUUGACUCGAGCUGUCCAUGUGGAGCCAAAUAAUGACUCUGUAAAGUCCGACCUUAAGCUAUUAGAAGAUGCAAUCGGAAAUUACUCAAUGCUUAUAAAUAUGAAAAAUAACGCUCAAUAUAGCCAAGCUCUUUAUUUCCUAGAUAAAGUGAGUGAACAGUCUCCUGAAAAGCAGGGUUUAAAGCUUAUUAAACUAGAGGUCUUAAUAGAUUCAGGCAAUUUGGAUAGAGGACAUCAAUACAGCACUGAGCUUUGGAGCGAAUAUUCUACAAACCCAGACUAUUUGACAUUAAGAGGUAGAUGUUUUUACUAUAAAGGCUUACCAGAUCAAGCUAGAAAGUUGUUUCAAGAAGCAUUGAAAUUUGACCCUGACCAUCAGUGGGCUGGAAAUAUGCUAAAAAAUUUACGAAAAGUGGAGAAAUUUAAAGAAGAGGGCAAUAAACAUUUCUCUGCAGGAAAUACUCAGGAAGCUAUUGAGGCUUAUACUCAAGCUUUGCAGGUUGAUCCAAAAAAUAAAAAUAUGAAUGCCAUUAUCCUAGCUAAUAGAGCAGCAGCACAUAUGAAGAAGAAUGCUUAUAUGGAAGCACUUGUAGAUUUAAAUAAAUCUAUAGAAUUGAAUCCAGAAUACACAAAAGCUUAUAUGAGAAGAGGAAAUGUUCAUUCACAUUUAGAAAACUAUGAAGAUGCUAUAAGAGAUUAUAAUACAGUAAAACAAAAAGAUCCGCACUAUGAUGAUAUUGAUAAUACGAUUCACUUGGCACAAAGUAAUGCAAAAAAAGCUAAAAGGAAGGAUUAUUACAAAAUUUUAGAUGUUGAAAAAAAUGCUACUGAAAGUGAAAUCAAAAAGGCCUACCGAAAGCAGGCGCUUAAAUGGCAUCCUGAUAAAAAUUCUGAAACAGAAGAGUCAAAAUUGCAAGCAGAAAAGAAAUUUAAAGAUAUAGCAGAAGCAUAUGCAGUGCUAAUCGAUCCAACUAAAAAACAACAAUAUGACAGUGGAAUGGAUCUAGAAGAUAUAGAAAACGGUAUGGGAGGAUUUUCAGGGUUUGGAGGUGGCGGAGUUGAUCCUUCGCAGAUUUUCCAGAUGUUCUUCGGAGGAGGUGGUGGAGGCGGAUUUGAAGACAUGGGGGGAUUUGGAGGAUUUCCAGGAUUUGGAGGAGGAAUGGGUGGCAGAUCAGGUGGGCAUAGGCAUGGAGGAUCAGGAGGGUUCCCAGGUAAUGUCAAAUUUACAUUCAGGCGUGGGUAA